AACCCCUGUGCACCCGCUAUAUGGAUUUUGUGUGCAAGAACCGACAGCAGUGCUUGUUCCACUCCAUGGUGUGUGAUGGCAUCAUCCAGUGUCGAGAUGGAUCGGACGAAGAUGCCAACUAUGCUGGCUGCUCCCAGGACCCUGAGUUCCACCGGACCUGCGACCAGUUCAGCUUCCAGUGCCAGAAUGGUGUGUGCAUCAGCCUGGUGUGGAAAUGCGAUGGGAUGGAUGACUGUGGCGAUUACUCGGACGAAGCAAACUGUGAAAACCCAACAGAGGCCCCAAACUGCUCCCGGUACUACCAGUUCCAGUGCGGGAACGGGCACUGCAUCCCCAACCGGUGGAAGUGCGAUGAGGAGAACGACUGCGGGGACUGGUCUGACGAGAAGGACUGCGAGGGUUCUCCGAUUCAUCCCAUUACUACAUCGAUCCCACCGACAUGUUUACCUAAUCACUUCCGUUGCAACGGCGGAGCCUGCAUCGUGAACAGCUGGGUCUGCGACGGCUACAAGGACUGCAGCGACGGCUCCGACGAGGAAGCCUGCCCUACUUCGCGACCCAACGUGACGGCCACCCCCCCGGCGCUCCCGGGACACUGCAGCAGGUUCGAGUUCGAGUGCCAGCAGCUGCACAAGUGCAUCCCCAACUGGAAGCGGUGCGACGGCCUGUGGGACUGCCAGGACGGCACGGAUGAGAGGAACUGCCCUACUCACAGCACCCUGUCAUGCCCUAAUGGUUAUAAAUGUGAAGAUGGAGAGGCCUGCAUUAUGGUCACGGAGCGGUGCGACGGAUAUCUGGACUGCUCAGACAGCAGCGAUGAGAGGAACUGUACCGAUGACACAAUCGUGUACAAAGUCCAGAACCUCCAGUGGACGGCCGAUUUCUCUGGCGAUGUCACUCUGACGUGGGCUCGGCCAAAAAGAAUGUCCUCGACCUCCUGUGUCUACAACAUCUAUUACAGGACCGUGGGGGAAAGCGUUUGGAAGAUUUUGGAAACCCAUAGCAACAAAACCAACAGUGUUUUGAAAGUCCUCAAGCCUGACUGUACCUAUCAAGUGAAAGUCCAAGUGCAGUGUCUCAGCCGAGUCUACAACACCAACGACUUCAUCACCCUCCGGGCACCCGAAGGAUUACCAGAUGCUCCCUUUAACCUCCAGCUGUCCCUCAAAAAAGAAGCUGAGGGCGUGGUGAUGGGCUGCUGGAGUCCCCCCGUGAACGCCCACGGCCUCAUACGGGAAUUCAUCGUGGAAUACAGCAGGAGUGGAUCCAAGGAGUGGUCAUCCCUUAGAACCACCAAGAACUACACCGAGAUCGAGAACUUGCAGGUCAACACAUUAUACACAGUUAGAGUUGCUGCGGUAACUAGUCGAGGAGUGGGAAAUUGGAGCGAUUCCAAAUCCAUAACCACCAUAAAAGGCAAAGUCAUUCCUCCACCUGUCAUACACAUUGAGAGCUAUGGCGAGGACUCCAUAAGUUUCAGCCUAAAAAUGACUACUAAUAUCAAGGUCAGCGGUUACGUUGUGAACAUCUACUGGACAUUUGAUACACACAGGCAGGAGAAAAGAACUCUGACCAUAGAAGGAGAAAAGUCCAUCCAGAAAGUGGCAAAUUUGACAGCCCACACCCCCUAUGAAAUUUCUGCUUGGGCUAAGACGGAGCUGGGCGACAGCCCUCUGUCUUUUGUACAUGUCAUGACCAGUGGAACAAGACCUGCAUCACCAAGUCUCAAAGCCAAGGCCAUCAACCAGACUGCGGUGGAGUGCAGCUGGACCGGACCGAGGAAUGUCGUCUAUGGCAUCUUCUAUGCCACAUCCUUCCUAGAGCUGUACAGGAGCCCUCACAACGCCACCACGACCUCCCACAACAUCACUGUGCUCGUGCAGCGGGACGAGCAAUACCUGUUUCUGGUCCGUGUGAUGGCUCCCUACCAAGGGCCACCGUCCGACUACGUCGUGGUGAAGAUGAUCCCUGACAACCGGCUUCCCCCUCGGCACCUCCACUCAGUGCACACCGGAAAGACAUUCGCAGUCAUUAAGUGGGAAUCGCCCUACGAUUCUCCUGACCAGGACAUGUUAUAUGCUGUCGCAGUCAAAGACUUGGUAAGAAAAACGGAUAAAAUCUACAAGGUGAAAACCCGGAACAGCACAGUGGAGUACACCAUUAAGAAACUUGAACCGGGAGGCAAAUACCACGUGAUUGUUCAACUGGGAAACAUGAGCAAAGAAUCCAGCAUGAAGAUCAACACAGUUCCGCUGUCUGCACCGGACGCCUUAAAAAUUAUAACAGAAAGUGACCAUAUUCUGCUUUUUUGGAAGAGUUUGGCAUUAAAGGAAAGUAAUUUCAAUGAAAGCCGGGGUUAUGAGAUUCACAUGUUUGACAGCUUGAUGAACAUCACGGCUUAUCUCGGGAACACCACAGAAAACUUCUUCAAAGUUUCCAACUUGAAGAUAGGUCACAACUACUCGUUCACCGUUCAGGCCAGGUGCCUGUACAGCGGGCAGAUGUGUGGCGAGCCAGCCACGCUUCUCUAUGAUGAACUAGGAACUGGUGAAGACUCCUCUGCAUCAAAAACCAGUAGAUCCACAGAUGUCGCUGCCAUCGUGGUACCGGUGCUGUUCCUGCUGCUGGUGACCCUCGGGAUUGGCUUCGUGGUGCUGUACAUGAGGCACAGACGGCUGCAGAACAGCUUCACUGCCUUCGCAAACAGCCACUACAGCUCCCGCCUGGGCUCGGCCAUUUUCUCCUCGGGAGACGAUUUAGGAGAUGAGGAUGACGAAGCCCCAAUGAUAACUGGAUUUUCAGAUGAUGUUCCCAUGGUCAUCGCAUGAAGCGCAUUUCUGACUGUAAAAACCAAAUGGUGUAAAUAUUUUAUUUGAUAAAGAUAGUUGAUUGUUUAUUUUAAAAAUGCACUUUGAGUUGCAAUAUGUUAUUUUUAUAUGGGCCAAAAAAAAUUUGAAAAUACACUUUGUAGUAAUCAACUGUGAAUUGCAGACUAGGUUGGUUUAGUAACAAAUUGCUUUGGUUUAACAUUAAUUUAGUCUUACAAGGCUAUGCUUGCUGGGCAUGCUUUUAAGUCUGUGAGAUAUUUUCCGUUGACUAAAUUGGCUACUCAUUUUAUUUUUCUAAGACAAGAAUAAAUUUAUUUAAAAAAAAUUCAGGAGAUUAUAUAUGUAGAGAGAGAUAAGUAAUAUAGUCCCUGAAGGUCUUGCUUUUACUUUAAGAAAAAAA